ACAGGGAGGGAGAGAAGUUAAGAGUCCACCUCUGAGCCAUUGUUCUAGUUCUUGAGUUGUGGAGACGCGUCGGGACGCGGCUGCGCUGCUCGGGUACCGGACGGCGGUCUGUCGUUAUGACGGGCUCCGGUCCGAAGCUCGGCGUCCUGCUGCUGGUGGCGGUUCUGCUGCAGACGGUGGUCGUCACCAUCACGGUGCUGCAUUUCACCUCGGCUCUGAACUCGAUGAAAGAGACCUUCGCCAGGAGCAGCGUUUCCUGUUUGACGGGCUCUGACCUGCAGAGCAUCACGGCCGUACGAGGAGAUCCAUGCUGGCAGGUCACUCAGCAGCUUCACCUGCUCAUCGAAAAGUCUCUGUCGCAGCGUUACCAGAGGCGGAUUUCAUCAGCAGUGAGAGAUGAGGUGUCCCGUGUGCUGCCCUCACUUGUGAUGGAGGACAGGGCUUCACCUCGCCCCAAAGUUGCCGCUCAUGUCACCGGCAGCUUCGUGCCCACACUGGAGCGCGACAGAGCUCCGGUCCCUGCUGGGCGACGAGUUCAGGGUCAGAAGAUCACAUGGUGGGAGGGUCAGAAGGGUCUGGCCUUCCUCCAGGACGUCCAGCUGCUGGAUGGGGAGCUGGUGGUGUCGCAGCCCGGCCUCUACUACGUCUACGCUCAGACGUACUUCAGGCACACCCACUCCCUGGAGGAGGACGGCGAGGAGGUGGAGGACAGGGGGAAACCCCUGCUGCAAUACGUCUACAAAAAGGUGAACUCCUACCCCGUUCCCAUCCUGCUAAUGAAGACCAGCAGGACGUCCUGCUGGUCCGGGGUUCCGACUUCUCUCUUACACUCCGCCCACCAGGGGGGGCUGUUUCCGCUCACAACUGGCGACCGCCUGUUUGUGACCGUGACCAACGCCUCCGCUGUGGACAUGGAUGAGAAGAGCAGCUUCUUUGGAGCGUUUCUCAUCAGUUAGAGGGUUGGUCGAAGGAAAUCAAGCUUUUGUACGCGUCAGCGUGGACAAACCAUC